ACCGUGUAGAGAGAGAAGUAGAAACGGCGAAUACGAAGGUAGAAGAGAGAAAGAGAGAGCGAGCCGCGCUCGCGACGCUCGGCGCCACACGGAUGCAACGAGGCCGCCUACUUACACGCAUGUCUGCGCGCGUGUUCAGUGCGAGCGUCGCAGCACGCAGACAUGCGCACGGCCGGCUGCGAAAACCGGCGUGCAAAAAUCCUCCAAUCGGGAGCAGAGGCGGGAGUCGGUGGGGCAGCCACGUGGUGCUACGGCGACCAAUCGACGUCGCGGCGCUCGCGAAUUUCGAGUCGGUUUCCCGCUCAAGCGCCCCGGUGCUUCUAGUUUGCUAGAACAGGACGGACAACAAGAGGGAAGAAAAUAAAAAAGAAACGAGCGAGAAAGUGCACACGCACGAACAAGGAGAGACAGGAAGGUUAUACGUCGGGUAAAAAGGAGCGAAGAAGAAGGAGGAGGGAAAAAAAAAAAGAAGAGAGAAGAGUGACGAGUUUGCAUCGCAUUGCCGUGCCCUCUCCCUCCCUUGCACCACGAGGGCACGCGAAAUAGCGAAGGAGCAAGAGAGAAAGGAUGAAACUACCGGGUGAUCAGAGAGAGAAGGAAAACCCGCCGAAUGAGCGAGCCCCUCGGACGUCGUAUCGUGGUCUAGCCAAAGAGAGGAGAGCCUGGUAGGAAGGUGCGUCGUAGUCGCAAGGAGAGGCGAGGAGAGAGCGAGAGAGCGAGAGAGAGUCCGGCUGAGUACACGGUGAAUCGUCGAGAGAACGGUCAAACCGCGGCGUCCCUUAAACUUAAAAAAGUUGAAGAGUCGUUUCCGAGAAGACACACCGGUCGUGUUCGUCGUGUGAUCCGUCCGAGAUCGGUCGUCAGCAGUCAUCCUCGUCGGUUUUAGUGUGAUCGAGCUGGGUCCGAGGAACGUAUAUCCACUGCCACCGGAAGCACCGUCAGGUCUGCGUACUAUCGUUGACCGAAGCGAGCGGGAAAUAGAGAGCCGGGUUUCCGAAGGAUAAGGAAGAAACGAAGUAACAAAAGACAGUAGCGGACAGAAACGUUUGAGAAGAUCGUUCAAAGACGUCACGAAAAUAUACCUCCUGUGCCUAUUUCGUUUUGGUGUGCAAGCCCGUGAAAAUCACGCCGAGUAUUACGCAAUUACAAUCGCAUUCGCCCGGAGGACAACCAGAUAGAACAGAUAACAAAGUUGCAAAGGAGAAACCCUGACGAAACCGCACCGCUCUUCGUUUCCUCUUGCGCGAUAGCGAGCAACAGAACACCGACGUCGUCGACUGCGCCGCGGUUACGUGUUUUUUUUUUUUUUUCUCGUCCUGCACAAAGGACACAGUUACGAUCCUCGACGUGUCGAAGCGUGCGGUGUGUCGUCGUUGAGUUCGUCCUUACGGUCCCUGUCGGUGAAUUCGGCCCCCCACCCUCCUUCCUCUUCACCCCUUGAGGUCUCGCAGUGCCCGAAACAUUCGGUCGUCUUCCGUUUUCGCGACGUGAUCGUCCUCGUUUCAACGAAACGGGCCAUCGCCAACAGCAGCGGAUCGUUCGGUCAGCCGCGUGCCAUCCGAGUUGCAAAUAUUUCCUACCACGUGACCGAGACGUAUCUCGGAAAAGCCGUCACCAUAGCGUCCAAGAGCGAGCCAACCAGCAUGUCGAAGCUCUACGUGGGCAACCUGCCGUCGGAUUGUAACGAGAGUGCCCUCAGGCAACUCUUCCAGGAUCACAAUUUGUCGUGCACAACGAUCCUGGUGAAACGUGGAGGCUACGCGUUCGUCGACUGCACCGAUCAGUCCGUGGCGGAUCGUGCAAUCGACAAACUUAACGGAUAUGCCUAUCUCGGAUCGUCGCUUGUUGUGGAGCCAUCCGUAGCCAGUGGACCGAAAAAACGUGGUGCCGGAUCCAAGGUUCUCGUAAGCAAUUUUCCAAGUCACGCCAAAUUGGAGGAUCUCGAGUUGCUGUUUUCGAACUGCGGUCAAGUGCAGUCCAUCGAGAAGUUGUCAUCGCGUGAUCCUAACACACAAACCGCCCUCGUUAGCUAUGAGACGCAAGAACAAGCACAGCUGGCUGUGAACGAGUUUAAUGACCACGAGUACGGCGGUAACGUGCUAAAAGUGGAAAUGUCUACGGCGGAGAGCCGACGAAGAGGCCGCAGCCAGCGCAGCGGCGUCGCCUACUCCGGAGUUUCGGGUUCCGGACGACAGACGGACUUUCCGCUUCGCAUUCUCGUACAAUCUGACAUGGUAGGGGCCAUAAUCGGUCGCCAGGGGUCCACUAUACGUCAGAUUACACAGAUGACACGCGCACGUGUGGAUGUUCAUCGGAAGGACAACGUCGGUUCCCUGGAGAAAGCCAUCACCAUCUAUGGCAAUCCAGAAAAUUGCACGAACGCCUGCAAAAAGAUCCUGGAGGUCAUGCAGCAGGAGGCUAACAGCAUAAACAAGAGCACCGAGAUCACUCUGAAGAUCCUCGCACACAACAACUUGAUCGGACGAAUAAUCGGAAAGGGUGGCACCACGAUCAAGCGAAUCAUGCAAGACACGGACACAAAGAUCACCGUGAGCAGUAUUAACGAUAUCAACAGUUUUAAUCUCGAGCGCAUAAUCACAGUUAAGGGCACCAUCGACAAUAUGAGCAAGGCUGAAUCCAUGAUCUCCAGUAAACUUCGCCAGAGCUACGAGAACGAUUUACAGGCAAUGGCUCCACAAAGCAUGAUGUUCCCCGGCCUGCACCCGAUGGCCAUGAUGUCCACCGCUGGUAUGGGAUACAGCUCACGUGGUCCCGGCUUGUAUGGCUCCGGACCUGCCCCAUAUCCUUACCAGGCUAGCUUGCCAACUCAACAGGGUGUUCCAGCUGCCGACACUCAGGAAACUGCCUUCCUUUACAUUCCUAACAGUAGCGUAGGCGCCAUUAUCGGUACCAAGGGUUCCCACAUUAGAAACAUCAUCAGAUUUUCCGGAGCUAGCGUGAAAAUCGCACCGCUCGAACAGGACAAACCAGCGGAGCAACAAACCGAAAGGAAAGUGACUAUCGUCGGUUCGCCAGAAUCUCAAUGGAAGGCGCAGUAUUUGAUCUUUGAGAAAAUGCGCGAGGAAGGAUUCGUUUCCGGGUCCGAUGACGUCAGACUGACAAUCGAAAUUUUGGUACCAAGCGCUCAAGUUGGCCGAAUCAUCGGCAAAGGCGGACAAAAUGUUAGAGAAUUGCAACGUGUAACUGGAAGUGUCAUUAAGCUAUCGGAACAACAAUCAGCAUCUCCUUCUGCCGACGAAGAGGCCACCGUCCAUAUAAUUGGCCCCUUCUUCUCUGUACAGUCGGCACAGAGAAGAAUUCGCUCUAUGGUCCUGCAGUCUGGUGCACCUGGAGCAGGUGCUGGCUCGCGCGCUGGUCGUGGUAGCAGCCAAGAAGGUGGUUCCCGUACCCGAAGAGACGGAAGCGCCACGUCUCAACAAGGUGGCACAACGACGCAACAGCAUUCGGCUCAGCAGCAAUCGAGCUCCUCGCCAUCCAGCCAGCAACAACCACAAAAUCAGUAACGUCACUGAAACUUACCUGACGCCGACCAACGCCUCACAGAAUCCGUUUUAUUCGCCGGGGUGGCCUCGUCGCUUUGACAUUCUCUCGUCAUGAGGCUACGUGCAACCUCCUUCUCGCGGGGCACGUAUCCUUCAGAGAUUCUCGCAGAGCGGCCGAGCGAUGUGCAGGGAGAGGACGAAAGGCACACGCGAGCGCUUUCUAUCGAGAUUCGAGUAAUCCAUGCAAUAGGAGCCGAGAUAUAUAUUCUUCAAAAAGAUCAUCCAUUUGAUUCGGUAACGGGUAAGAGAGAGGGGCUACGGUCGAUGGCGUUACUUUAUGUUGUUACUAUUAUUCCUUUUGUUUGCAUUUUUUUUUUCUCCUUUUUAAUUCGCGCAAGUACACCGAGACUGCCAAGCGCCACGUGUACUUGUCGCGAUUUUUCGAGAACGCAGAGAUAUCGCGUAGCGUACCUUUUUAUAGAUGGGUUUUGCAGCGGGACAUGUGAAAAAUUAUCAUUGUUGACCGCAUCGCCAUCGAUCGUGACCUAACGUCGCAACGAGUAACAACGCUCAUAGUUCUACAAAGGCAAUUAAUAAGCGACGCGAGUACCGCAUAUGGAACCAGAUGGAAGGUGCACACGUCAUCUAACGAAAACGUGUCACGCGAGACGAGGUGAGAGAAAGAAAAAAAAAAAGUUCGGUACCUGUCCGUGUAGAGCAGAGACAACGCUAGAAAAUUCCAUUCUCUUUCGUGGCGACAUACCCGUUCGCCAGACCGUACACAUACAUACACACAUACACAUACGCGCGCCCACACAUGGUUUUCUCACCUCAUCUACGCGAGUAGCGUAAACGUUUCGUUGCGAGUUCGGUCAUUCAGGGGGGUUGAAACGACAGGUGAAAAACUCGAACGAAUCGAUUUCGCAGCGUUAACGAAACCACCUCGUCGAUGAAACAGGAUAUAUACUACGAUGAUAAGAAAAAAAAGCAUACACAACCUUAUUACCUCAUUCAUUACGGUUAAAGAUUUAAAUAUGAUAAAGAAAAGUGAAACGAGAGAAAGGAUAAAAACCAACUAAUCUACAAAAAAAAAAGAAAGAAGUCUACCUAAUAUUAAAGUUAUAAUAAUAUACAGAGAAGUUAAGUAACGAUUACACAUUACGUUAUACAUGUUACUACUACUACUACUACUGCUAUUAACUACUACUCCUACUACUACUACUUACCUUCUGCUGCGUACUACAGAGAAAGGGGAUUUUCUUUUUUUUUUCGUUUUUUUUUUUUUUUUUUUUAAAAAGGGAAAAUGAAAGGAACUACUUACUCUAGGUACAGUCUUUUUAUAUCACACAGCACAGAGACAAUUUAAACAAACGAAGAUAGAGGAAAAUACACACGCGCAAGCAAAAUGAAAUAUAAACGAGACUUAAUCGAAAGAAUGUGAGCGAAAACGUGACACGUUCUACAGUUUAGACGUAAGCCAGGAUAUUUCUGACGCCUCUCGGCCCCCCGCGGUCCCGCUCUGAGCCCCUCUCGCGCCGUAAUACCAAAGAAGCGAUUAUGAAGUUUUUUUCGUAUUAGUGAAGUGACAAAAUGCGUGACACGCUGCACUCGCCUCAAGUUCCUUGCAAGAGCCAACAGUGAGAGGGGUCAGAGGACGCACGCGUCUGCGGGGAAGAAUCGACGAGUGGUUAUCGACGUCGGACACACGCCCCGGAAGGAAGGAAACCGACGAAAGAACGUCAUCGGGUCGCUUUGACGAAAAAAAGAUAGUGAUUGGAUAGAGAGAAAGAGCGGAAGUGAGUAGAAGAGAAAGUGGAAGGGAAUCGGACGUUCGAGGAAUACAGAAUAAGCAUUCGAGACGGCCGCGCUGUUGUUUCGUGCUACGAGAAGGAUGUUCGAGAGAGAAUGAAAAAGCGACCGUUGGCACGCACGAGGAAGUUAGCGAACCGCUAGAGCGAAGAGAGUGGACAAGAGAGACGUAUAGAAAGGGGGGAAGAAAAAGGAAUGGAAAUGGAAGCAAGGCCACAAAACUUUUUCAGGGAUUUUUACUUUACCAUGGAUGUAAUAGUGUGUGAGUGUGCGUGUGUUGAAUAAUACUAUUAAUUGAUAAGUGAUUAAUUACUGAUUAGGGCGUAUAUACGGCAAAGGGAAGCGCGAGAUAGAGACAGAUGAUUUAGAGAUUUAGGCUUAAUCGAGGAAAGGAACACGGGAGUAAUUAAGUAUUGGGAGGGGAAGAGCGAUACUUUGACGAGUAUACGGUGUGUGUAUCUCGUGACGAUCGUGUGCCGCUCUUCGCCUCGUGGUGCGCGAGCAUGCGUAUCGCCAGCGAGUUCCUUUCAAAUUAUUGUAUAAGAUAAUAGUUGCGAGAAAUUGAGAACGUACCGACGACUUUCAGACAACCAAACCGUUUAGUCAAGUUAAGCAUCUCAAUGAGAAACAGCGAAGCGAUGAACACAGACUGUUUCGUCGAAUCGAGGAGCGAUCGACCAGGUAUGCUUCCAUAUUGGUACGCUUCCCCAUACCUUUUAUUACUUUGACCAAGCUGUCACGCAAUUGAAAGUCGUUGGUACCGCCCAAGCCGCUUAGGGUAGUUAAAUCCGCGCGUCCACGAAUUCCAAAAACACUCGCAGCGAUACCGCGGCUCCAGGCACGGCCAAUCGAUCACGAUCAUUCCCACGCGACGAGUAUUCGAGGAAUUGAUCAUUUAAAAAAAGAAAAGAAAACAAAAAAAACGCGGAAAACUCGUGACCGAUUGCGCACGACUACGUAAUUCUUUAAGUUCUGAUCUAGGAAACCUACAAAGUACGAGGAUACGGAUAGUUCGCGCGUGCAACGUAUGGGCAGGAAAGCGUUUUCAAUCGUAAACGGAAAGAUCGAUCGCGUAAGAGAUAUUUAAGAGGAAAAAAUGGAAACUAAUGGCUCGGGACUAGAGUAGAGAGAAGGACUUUACACGAUUAUGGGACUUGGGGGAAGUCGAUGAAACCAACCGGACAGGCGAGGUCCUGUUCGGUGAUCUAUCAAUGCGACCAAAAAGAAGAUAAAAUUAACGGACUGACGAGACGCGCGAUCGCCCGCCACGUUCUUUGCAAAAUCGACUGCUUUGUUUCGAAGCAAUUAGGCAAACGCGUGGAAUUUAACGUUAACCCUCUAUUGAUGUUCACGAUGUUUGAUAGUCCUGCAGACUAGCACAUUCGUUCACGAUCAUAUAAAUACCAUCCGUGCAAUAGAGGGUGGUACUUUCGUAUUUACAUUCUAACAUUGGUCCAUCGUCGACGAUCCAAUUGUGGUUAAUUUCGCAAACGAACGUGGCGCGUCUUCGACGCUCAACUUAGAACGCUGAAUCCCUUGUUUGGGGUUUUGCGUCCGACGCGCGCGACGAUCGCUUCCGGUUCACGGAGGAUCGUCGAGCGUCGGUUCAAUUCACGGCAUUCGGUAUGCGUUUAGUACAAAAAUACACGAGUUUAGAAAGCGGGUGGGAAUGAAUUAAUCCAGUUUUGCGAGUGAACCGUGUAGAAACAGGAGGGAAAGAUAUAUCGCGUGUUACAGUUUUUUGUUUAUCGAGGAAGAAUAGAGAGAGAGAUAAAGGGAGAGAUUGAAAAGCGAGAAACUUCCGAGAGUGCACGAAUAUCGUACCCGGUGACUGAUAUCGGGAAAGAUACUCGGAGGUGAACAAAAAAGGCAGAGUUGCUUUUGCCUUGCUCGCGUUUUUUCGCUGCGCACUCGAGGAGUGCAUGGAACGAAGUCAUGAUAAAUGGGAAACGAAGGAAGUGCAAGCUAGCAAGAAACGUGGAGGGAAAGUGAAACACCAGAUUCGAAGCAAAAAACGAAACAAAAGACGAUUUUUAAAGAGAGAAAUAGAGAGAGCGUGGAAUGGAAUAGACGAGAGAGAAUAACGACGCGAGAGUAUAAAAAUGGGAUGGGGAAAGAUGAGAAAAGAAAAUGAAUCUAAGAGUAUAAGUUUAUUUUUGAUACAUUGUUGGGGAGAUCUAAGUGAAUCUUUCUUUUUCAAUUUUUUUGUUAGAUGUUUUUAAUAACUUAAUGAAUUUUAACGAUAUUGAAAGCGUGGCGCGAGGAUGCGAAGGCGAAAACAAGUUUUUUAAUAGAGAUAAGAGAUAAAGAGAAUCGCGAAGGAAGAAGCGGAGAAGCGAGAGCGAAGUGUUUUUCGUAAAAAAAAAAACAAAAAAAGAUGAAACGAGGAAAGAGUAAAUAAUUUAAAGAGUAACGAUUUAAAAAAAAAAAAAUAAUAAUAAUAAAAAUAAAAUAAAAAAAAUGAUGGGAAGUGGAUGUGGUGGAAGAAUUUAAAGAGGACGGCGCGCAGCUUUUUGCGCUGUGCGCGUCUGUCGCUCGCCAGGGGGGAAUAAAGGAGAUUUUAGUCGGAUAAAUUGUAUAAUAUAUUUAAUAUAUUUGGAGGAAAACGGGGGCGCCCGGGUCCGCUCGGCGCGGACGUCACUGCGACGGCUGGCGACAGGACGAUCGGGCUCGCAGUUUUAUGCGACGCGAUUUUUCGUCGAUGUCGCCGCCUGGGAAAGCCUUCCUCGCCCGCAGGCCCUCGCUUCCGUGUUUAUUUAUCGAGCGUAAAUAUUUAAUGAAAAAAAAAAAAAAAAGUAAUAACGAAAGGAUGAAUAACAUUCGUAGAAACGAAGAAAACGAUGAAAGUGCCAAGGAACAAAAACAGUAUGCAUACGUAGAAAAGAAUUCAGCAAA